GGUGCAGGGCAGAGGGGGAGUUCUGCAGGGUCAAAAAUACAGGAGCUGCAAAUCAGAAACUCAGCAGACCUGCGCAACUUUUCUAACAAGCACAGUUUGUUUUUUUUAUUUUUGUUUUUUUUUUAACUUUUGAUUUAACCCUGGUCGCUGCAAAGAUGACCACAGCCGUGGUGUCGCCUUUCUUCGACUUCGAAGUAAUGAACAAGAACAACAAACUGCUCAGCUACAACAACAACCUGGGUGCCCCCCAUCCCAUGUCUGUCCCUUGCACUGGCACUAAUGUGCCCAUCUCCAGCCCCGCCGGAGCCCUGCUGGACAGGAAGGCGGUGGGAUCUCCCUCAGUGGGAGGCGUGUACCAGCGGCGGCACUCUGUCAGCAGCACAAAGUUCAGCCAGAACCAGUUUCUGAACAGCCUGAAGGCAGCGGACCACUCCACGCUCAUCUCAGGGGUUGGCAAUGCCAGCAACAACAAGGAGAACCGCAUGCGGGACCGCUCCUUCUCCGAGACGGGCGAGAGGCUCCUCAACAAGUGCCUGGGCCCUGCCAGUCCCACCGGCGGCAGCAGCCAAGUGAACUCCAGCCGUUACAAGACGGAGCUUUGCCGGCCCUUUGAGGAGAACGGCUCCUGCAAGUACGGAGACAAAUGCCAGUUUGCUCACGGGAUCCAUGAACUGCGCAGCCUGAGCCGCCAUCCCAAAUACAAAACGGAGCUGUGCCGCACCUUCCACACCAUCGGUUUCUGCCCGUACGGGCCUCGCUGCCAUUUCAUCCACAACGCUGAGGAGCGCCGCGGGCCUCCCCAGCAGUGCUCCCCUCUUAACUCCUCCAACAAGAUGGAGAGGCCUCGACUGCAGCACAGCUACAGCUUCGCGGGUUUCUCGAGCUCAGCUGGGCUGAGAGACAGCCCCACCUCCGUCACCCCUCCACCCAUGUUCUUCCCUGAUGAGGUCCCCGACUGGCCCAGCAGUAACCCCUUCACCUACUCCAGCCAGGAGCUGGCCAACCUGUUCGGGCCCAGCCUCAAUGCUGGUCCUGUAGGCACAGAGCCCAACACCCCUGCACCUCCCUCUCCAACAAGCACGCCUUACUAUUUCAGACCCAUGUUGGAGUCCCCUCAGAUGUUCGAGUCUCCAUCCAGCCCUCCUGACUCGCUGUCAGACCAAGAGGGCUACCAGAGCAGCUCUGGAGGCAGCCUGAGCGGCUCCGAGUCCCCCACGCUGGAUACCACCCGCCGCCUCCCCAUCUUCAGCCGCCUCUCCAUCUCUGACGACUAGACUGCACGCAUCCACCAGUGACUUUACGUUCGAUGACACAAAGAGAACACGGCACUCCCCUCUACCUCUGCCCCUUUUCCUGAAGCUUCCCUGACACAGCACCGUGUUAGUUCCUCGUUAGCAUUGUAAGGACGCAAUCAGUUAAGGGAACUCUCGACUCAAAUUGAUCAUUUCACCCCUGUAAAUCCGCACAAGUUAUAAAACGUACCCUGCCAUGUGUCAUAGUGCCAAAAAAAAGGAGAGGAAAUUGAACAAUGAAAAUCACGAGAACAAGAAUCGACUGUUUUGCCAGGUGCCACUUGUUUUUUUUCUUUCUUUCUUCUUCAUUUGUUCUUGAAUGUGUAGCAGCACAAGUGGCCUUGGAAAGGGGAGUGCAUUGCACUAGCCCCCCCCUCCCUCCCUCCCUGACGAUACCACUUCCCCUGAGCUAGCUAGAGGGUGCUCACUAACGCAACUGUAGAUCUACCGCAGCCGUUUUUACAGACUGAGUUAAGACAAAAAGGAAAAAAAAUAGAGACCCUGAAAAGAUAUGAAAAGUUUUUAAAAAGAGAAAAAAAAGUGCCUGGGGCGGUUUCUGCAUGUGUUUAGGGUGAAUGGACUACUGUUUGUUUUUUGGUUCUUUCUCAUUUGCCCCCCUCCACCCCCCGUCACGGUUCUUCUCAAGCCCCGUCUUAUGUAAUUGUGGACUGGGAGAGUCUGCAGGAAGGACUUUGAACUGGAAGUUGGUUAUGUUCCCCCCUCCUGAGUUUUCUCCUCCUGUUGCUGGUCACUGGCUCUUCUUUUUUUUUCUUUUUGGGAAGGAAGUCUCAAUAUCAAACUGAUCAUUAAACCUGUAAGACUUUGUCCCGCCUCCCCGCCUUCAUCCUCGCCGAUCUGGGGAAUUCCAGCAUUCCCAUGGUGCAGUUGUACAUCCUGCGACUUGACGAGAUCGGAUCUCCAAGCUAUUUUACUUUACUUCUCCCCCACUUUAGUACCUGCUCCGAGGAGCACUCAUUACAUCCCUUUUUUUGCUUUCCUUAUUUGAUAAUUAUUUUUUAUUAAUGUUAUUAUUACGGUUAUUAUUGUUUGAAAAAAACUUUCCAGACAGAAGGUUUGCUUGUCACUGCUUAUUUAACUUAUCAGAACAUAUUUAUUGCUGAUCAUAUGCAUUUUUUUUGUUAAUUUUGUUUUGUAUUUAUCUGGAUAAUGAACAAUAGAAUAUAUUUUCUUUUAUGUUAAAUUAUGAUCUUCCAUAUUAAUCUAAAGAUUGUGAAGACGUUUUUGUCAGUUUUCCUUUUUUUUCACAGUUUAAUAUAUUGUACUUCAAUGACUUUUGUUCUGCAACUACACUUUGUCAAAAAUGAAACUUAAUUUAAAGCAACAAAAAAGCAAAAAAAGACGUUUUGCGUUUUGAUUAUUUAUUGUACUUUUUGUUUUCUUACUCCCUCUGAUUGGACUGCAAUUCCAUCGAAACGAGCUUGUUCAUUCCUGACUUUUCCCCUUCACAUCUUACAAUAAUCUGACAGUAACAGUAGCUAACUGUUAUUACAUUAAUUCACCUGGUCUGGUUUUGCCUCAGAUCUUUCGAGUAUUUACUCACAGUACUUGGGUUGAUGGUGGAAGUAAAGGGGUGCUGAAAGACGUCUCACAUCACUGGUUUGAAGACUGGUUUUGUCGAAACGUCUUAACACCCAGUCUGUUAUUACAAGCAAUAGCUGUGACCAAAUGGGUUGAGGAUAUUUGUUUUCUUUUUAAUUUGGAUGCUUGAUGCACUUGCUUGGCCCCCCUCUUGACCAUUGGAAGUGCCUCUUUGAAUACAUUCCAGGUAGCUAAGGCUUUCUCUGCCUUUUUAUAUUUGAUAAAAAUGGAGGACAAUUAAGUUUUUUUUUUUUUUUAAGUCACUUGUUCUGUGUUGCCUUCACUUGUUUUGGAAGAGGUGAACAGAUUUUUUUGACACAAAGAAAGUAAAAACAGUUGAAUGUAUUUUUUCAGCCAUGUUUUUUUCACUACAGUAAUUCUGUGAGUUUAUAUGAAAACUUGUUUUUUUUUCUCCCUCUUUUUGUAAGUAUUGAUUGCAGUUAAGUCAAUAAACCCCGUAUUUUUUGAAAAGUUAAA